AUGAGCCAGUCGGCUCAAAACAUCCGCGGUUUUGCACUGCAGAAGUGCCCUCCUGUCCAGAUAAUGGAACAGCGCCUUGUCGCCUUGCUGCACGUUCUGGCUAUGACGACGCUCACAUCCUUGCAAGCACGGCUUGUCACAGACGAGAUUACAAUCCACCUCCUGGCCAUUGUCCAACCUGUCCCGGCUCGUGCACGGGGCAACGGUCGACAAGGCGGCAGUCGUCGACAUGCAGUGCGAUCCGCAGAGACAGGCGUCGCAGCCCGGAACUGCCGUAGUGCUGCAAUCCUGCUUGAUGCAGGCUACUUGCGCUUCGACAUUGCGAGCGAAACCGGCCAGCCAGUCUGGGAGAUGGCGAAGUUGCUCCUCGAAUGGUUUGGUCUCAUUGUGCACAAGGAGUACAAUAGGCCCGAUGCGGUACCUGUCGUCUGCGAUGCCGACGAUGCCAGCACGAUCAAAGGUUCGGCGCAUUCGCCUGCCGUCCUUGACGGAAAGCUUGUAGCCAAUUUGACAACGUCAAGCCCG